AGGCAAAUGGCCGGAGCUGGGCCUACCAUGCUGCUACGAGAGGAGAAUGGCUGUUGCAGUCGGCGUCAAAGCAGCUCCAGCGCCGGGGACUCGGACGGGGAACGUGAGGACUCGCCGGCUGCGCGCGCCCGGCAGCAGCUAGAAGCGCUGCUCAACAAGACUAUGCGCAUUCGCAUGACAGAUGGACGGACACUAGUCGGCUGCUUCCUCUGCACUGACCGCGACUGCAAUGUCAUCCUGGGCUCCGCGCAGGAGUUCCUCAAGCCGUCGGAUUCCUUCUCUGCCGGGGAGCCCCGAGUGCUGGGCCUGGCCAUGGUACCCGGACACCACAUCGUUUCUAUUGAGGUGCAGAGGGAGAGCCUGACGGGGCCUCCGUAUCUCUGACCACGAUCGCGCAUGCCUUUCAGACUUUAUUAAACCUAUGACUGAA